AUGAAGAAGUAUGACAUCCAAACUCUACUGGCUUUGAGCCAAAACGCGCGUAUAGAGCUUAAUAAAUUCAGCGACCAGGCACUUGGCUAUAAUUUGCUCCGCCAAAACCAAACAAACACCAACGCCUUAACUGAACAAUCGGUCAAUCGGUCAAGAACAGUGUCGAAUAUUUCACACCAGACUGAAAUUUCUCUAAGUCGCGUACAGUGUCCAAUUCGCGCGCCAAAAGAUCCUCCUCGAUCCAGUCGUGCACAGACUGAUGCUGGCUUUGCGCGAUUUCUGAAGGAUCAUACAUCCCCUAAACACCAGCGCGUUACCGCCGGUGGUCGUAUCGUCCCUAUGGAGCCACAAACCCCUGUGCCUAAAUUAAAUUCGCCUGUGCAGAAGAAGCAGGCAACCGAUCACGAGGUAGAGGCGCUUGGGUCUCUUCUAAGGAUCGAACGCGAAAGUGCAUCCGGAAAUAUUUCAGUAGGGCCAAUGGAGUCGAACUCUAAUAGAAGCGACAUAUCAAGGAGCUCUGUCGGCCCUACUGGAAUUCUCCCGGACUUUGCAAAGCUAUCCCUCGCAAAUGGCAUAUUUGACCAAGCAUCUCAAGGAUCAGGAUACCCGCCGAUUAUUCCGUGGCCCGCGCCGGGAUAUGCUGUACCUUCCGGAUUUCCCGUUGCGUUCAACAAUCAGCAACUUCCCCGCGUUGAUCAAUACCCUCAAAUGGCAUAUGUGCCGGCAUUUCCAGAUCCCACAAUGUAUAGUGCUGGUUCGGGUAUGCGCUCAAGCUUCCCGGAUAUGUACCAAGGCUUGAAUAUGCAGGGUCCUAUGUCUUCUUUACCAGCAUCAUUUCAGCCACACUUGGCUGUGUCAACAGCAUCUUCUGACUUUGCAUCAUGCAGUAACGCUGCUAGUGCGGGUUCUUCCUCAGCUUUCAGUCAGGACCAAAUGAGUUAUGAACCUGGCUAUCCAACUUUUGCGCCUCAGGUAUAUCAAUUUGCCGGUAAUCAGUUCCCAGCACUCAAACAACCACAGUAUCUCUCAGGAACGUCCCAAAGAAUGCCGCAUCUGAAAUGCUUGGACGAAGCUAAAAUGCAGUAUGAGUCUCUUUCAGCUCAGCUCUCCCGUCUUGACAGGUAUAUGGCUAUACACACCUGGGAUAUAGACUCUCGGUCGAAAAAGGUAAUGGUUGAACAGCGAAAGAGUUUGGUGCGAGAGUUGGACGUAGUCCGAAUGUAUAGAGAGCAGCUGGAGCUGAUUUUUGGCAAGCCAAACAUGAACGGUUCAAGCGACCAGCAAAGGGUCAAUGCUGAUUUACUCGUACCGCCUAGUGCCUAUCUUACAGGAAGUACGGCAGACUAUCAUGGGUUUUUAGGGCCAAUGUCUUCAUCAUCCAGUGCGAGCUGCGCAGGUCAGACAUUGCCUGCAUACUUGACUCCACCUACACUUCCCAUGUUUUGCCCAGACAGUGAAACUUCCAUCCCAGUGUUUCCGUGGCAAACCUUAGGGAAUCCAGACUCAGCUGUAGGUGUUAAAGAUAUUUCCGCAAACAGGACUCUCGGAGUUCCCUAUUUGUCUCAGCAAAAAAGUGAACUGAGAACGAACCUAAACGUAAACCAACGAGACAGGCAAAUCUACACCUCAACUUUCAGCAAUGGGUCUGACAGCACCGGUGAUGAACAGACAUCAUCUUGGAUGCCAUCGCCCUUAGAUCUUCAAAACCUGUAUCACAAAAUCGAAGAGGUCACAGAGCGGGGUGAACCUGUUGGCAGACUACUCAAGGAGUUGUCUGUUAUUACUACACAGCUCGUAAAGCAGAAAAGGGAAGGAAGAAUAUCUCAUCGGCCAACACGAGGUAAACAGGGGUUGCCGUCACUUCCAAGCGGUAAACCAGGUUCAGUGAGAAUGACCACCAAUGGCAGGCCAGUGAAACAUGAAGGACAUCUCUGGGGAUCCGAAGCUCAUCCUCGAGAAGCUGUCAAAAGCUGCAGUGACACGUCCUCUACGUCAGACAAUGAGGCAAAUGGGAAGCUCUCUUCAUCUUAUGUGUCCACAACGGACUCAUGGGCUACUGUUCAUGAAAGAAACAAGCGCCUAGUUAGCAUGGGCUCUCUGGAAGAUCCUAAAUAUGGGAAGAAUCCGGAAACCAUUUGGGAAAGCCCCCGACCACUUUCCAAGCACAAUCUUGUGUCAGCUGAGACACAUGCUUCAGGUGCUCUACAGAAUAUUGGAUGGGUCCCGGGACGAUUAGAAGACAGGGAAGACAUCAAGACAAGCAACAUUACCACGCUACAUCGUGCCCACAAAAUUCGUGGAGACCUAGACAUGCAGAAUAUGAAGCUGCCAAUAUCGUCUUUGAAUACACACCUCUUGAGCAGAAAUCGGGGUUUAGUGUUUCAAAAAACAGCCGCUUUGGCAGUUCCUCAAAACGUCAACGUACAGGCCUAUGUACCCUCUUUUGACGGCCCUGGGGAUGCGCCUAGAAACGAGACAAGCCAACGAACAAUGGAAACCGGCGAUAGGCAGAUGCAGGGGACCGUACUCUAUAGCUCGCCCCAAGAGACUCGACCAUGGUAUAUGCCCAAGCAGCGCCCCAAGCCUAGUCGGGAAACCCUACGUGACUUCUUUCGCCAAGUUAGAGAUGAAGAGCGACGUGAAAUGCGCAACUCUCAAAACGAGGGUCAAUCUAAUAGCCGAUAA